AUGUCAGAAUCGAUUGAAUCUCCAGACGACCAACCAGAAGCACUUGAAUCUGAGUCAGAUGAACAGCCAGAAAUUCUUGAAUCAAAACCAGUAGAAGUUGCAGAACCAGCAGAAAUUUCAGAUGCUUAUGACUUAGAAACUGUCGAAUUGCCAGAAAAUUUUGCAUCAGAAUACCCAAGAAAUGUUGAUAAAUUCGGACCAGAACCAACUGACAUGAUUUGUCCAGAAUGUGGAGCCACAAUGACAACAAGAACAUCCACAGAAACAACAAGUUUUGGAAAUGUUGAUUCAACUUCAUUUUUCUUCGCAUGCCUGAACUUUUGCUGUGGUGGAAUUGAAACUAUUAAGCAUAGAUGUCCAGAAUGUGAUGCGAUUGUUGGAACAUAUGCUACACCUCACGAAAACACUGACAACUACCGAAGUGGAUCACCAAAUAACUUCAUCACCAACAAUGGAGUUGAUCAUGUCAUUACCCAACAAGAUGAAGCACAUCAAGUAAAAUGUGAAGCUACUCCAAAUGAUGACGACGACUGCCUAGAAGUUGAAGAUUGCGAUGAUGACGAUGAAAAGUUGGAUAGUGGGGAUUGUGAUGAUGGAGAUGAUGGCUUAGGUGAUGACUAA